AUGCGCUCAGCAAGAAUGCUAUCAUCCGGCCUUCGUGCCUUCAACUCUGCACUUCCGCGGACAGUGCUCUCACAACCCAAAUCGCGACAUUUCUCUCAGCUGCUCUCUCAAACUCCUCAACCUUCACCAACCCCAUCAUCGAGGCUCCUCCGGACUAGAUUCCCCCAACUCACCGUCCGAAACAACUCCAGCUCAUCAUCAUCCCCCCCAAACCUCACCGAUCAAACCUCAAACGCCGCUCAGGACGCAGCCAACGAAGAACAGAACAGGUUACGCCGCGAGCAAGAACCCGCAUAUCAGAUUACAUUCACCUGCAAGCCAUGUGGUCAUCGAUCUUCGCACCGUAUGUCCAAACAUGGGUAUCACCGCGGGACGAUCUUGAUCCGCUGCCCGUCUUGUCUCAACCGCCACGUUAUCGCCGAUCACCUCAAUAUCUUCAUGGAUAAGAAGAGUACCCUCGAGGAUAUCCUACAGCGGGAGGGGAAGCGAUUGACUCGUGGUUAUGUUGACGGAGACAUGGAAUUCUGGGAGGAUGGGACAGUGAAGAAGCGCGAGGAAGCGGAUGACGGCUCGCAGGCGAAGUAA